AUGAGACCGAACCAGAUAGUUCGGUUCUGUACGAUCCGAUACUCUUGUACACCCGGACCACCACUAUUUUUUUCUACUGAAUUAGUUUGGAUCGGUUUGCAUUUACCAUAUAUCUUGCAGGCCAUAAUCCUAAUUGAAAAAAAAAUGCAUUCGGCAAAUCACUGGGGAGGAUCAUUGGAAAUCAAUGGAGGCGAUUCAACUACGGAAGAUGAGAGGAGUCGAAACAUGGAUUGGGAUAGGGCAUCGAUUUCUCACCAGCAGUAUCAACACAAUCUGGAUGAAACGCAACAGAGCUGGUUAUUAGGUCCGCCGGAGAAGAAGAAGAAGAAAUACGUAGAUUUGGGUUUCGUUGUGUGUAGCCGGACGGCAUUGAAAUGGACGUUUUGGGGAUUUGUUGCUGCGUUCGUUGUGAUUGCACUUCCAAUCAUCAUAGCGAAAACGGUGCCGAAGCACAAAAGCCGGCCGCCACCGCCAGAUAAUUACACGGCGGCGCUUCACAAGGCGCUGCUAUUCUUCAACGCCCAAAAGUCUGGGAGGUUGCCAAAGAACAAGGGGAUAUCUUGGAGAGGGAACUCAGGAUUACAAGAUGGAUCAGAUGCCACGGAUGUUAAAGGAGGGCUUGUUGGAGGGUAUUACGAUGCUGGAGACAAUACAAAGUUUCACUUUCCAAUGUCAUUUGCUAUGACUAUGCUCAGUUGGAGUGUUAUUGAAUAUGAGCACAAGUUUCGUGCUAUCGGAGAAUAUGAUCAUAUGAAAGACCUAAUCAAAUGGGGCACCGAUUAUUUACUCCUUACUUUCAACUCUUCUGCUACUAAAAUUGACAAAAUUUACAGCCAGGUUGGUGGAUCACAAAAUGGUUCAAGAACACCAGAUGAUCAUUACUGUUGGCAAAGGCCAGAAGACAUGGACUACACCCGGAAAACUCAAACAGCUAAUUCAGGGCCGGAUCUUGCUGGAGAAAUGGCAGCAGCAUUGGCAUCAGCAUCCAUAGUUUUCCGGGAUAAUACCGCGUACUCCAAGAAACUUGUCAAGGGUGCAGAAACAGUGUUCAAAUUUGCUAGAGACUUUGGCAAAAGAACAUCAUAUUGCCGUGGAAAUCCCUUUAUAGAACCCUUUUAUAAUUCCAGUGGUUACUUUGAUGAGUACAUGUGGGGUGCAGCUUGGUUAUAUUAUGCCACUGGAAACAAUACUUACUUUUCACUAGCAACAAAUCCUGGUUUGUCUAAGAAUUCGAAAGCAUUUUAUAUGAUACCAGAUUUGAGUGUCUUAAGUUGGGACAACAAGUUGCCUGCAGCCAUGUUGUUGUUGACAAGGAUAAGAAUGUUUUUGAGCCCUGGAUACCCGUACGAGGAUAUGUUGAAGAGUUAUCACAACGUGACUGAACUUACUAUGUGUUCUUACCUUGAAAUGUUCCAUGUUUUCAACUGGACUCGAGGUGGGUUGAUUCAACUCAAUCAUGGACAAGGACAACCUUUGCAAUAUGUAGCAAAUGCAGCCUUCUUGACAUCUCUCUUUAUUGAUUAUAUGAAUGCUACUGGAGUUCCAGGGAUAACUUGUGGUCCGCGAUUUAUCACUCUCAAUGAUCUCAGAAAGUUUGCUGUUUCUCAGAUCAAUUACAUACUUGGAGCAAACCCGAUGAAUAUGAGCUAUGUAGUCGGACAUGGAUCCAAAUAUCCGAAGCAUGUUCAUCACCGUGGAGCGUCGAUACCUAAUAAUAACGUCAAAUAUUCCUGCACGGGUGGAUGGAAGUGGCGCGAUGCCAAAAAUCCCAAUCCUAACAUCAUUACUGGUGCCAUGGUUGGAGGUCCCGAUAAGUUCGAUAAAUUUAAGGAUGUAAGAACAAACUAUAGCUAUACUGAGCCUACAUUGGCUGGAAAUGCAGGGUUGGUUGCUGCACUAGUGUCUCUAACAAGUAGUGGUGGUUAUGGCAUAGAUAAGAAUACAAUUUUCUCGGCCGUGCCGCCAUUAUAUCCAGUCAGCCCACCGCCACCCCCACCGUGGAAGCCUUAG